UGAGUUGUCAGAGAGAGAAGUCAAGAUGGAGAACGGUAAUGUUAACGGAGAGGAAGAUGAAGAGUAUAUGGUCUUCCUCGCUCUACACAGUCCUGCAUUAAAGGCGGCGAGAAUCCCUCCGCUUUACUGGAAGAGUCUGCAUUUAAAACUUGCCAAUGAGGUAUUUGAUGCUGGUGAGGUGUUUGGGAUCAUGCAUGUGGAAGAAGAGGGAGAGCAGGAUGAGGAGAAUGAACGGAGAGCCAAUCCUGGAGAUGAGAUUACUUAUAAAGUGAUCGUCACUAGAGAGAGUGGCCUGCAGGCUGCUGAUCCCACCAGUGUAUUUCUUGUAGAUCACGCCUGGACGUACAGAGCAGAAAGUGCCCGGCAGCAGCUGUUGGAUAUUCCCGGGCUGUUGAUCCGGAUGGCCAGUCUGAUGGGUCUGCCGUUCCACGGAGAGGCCCCUGACCCAGACAUCGUGGAGCUGGUUCUAGACAACAUGUGGAAAUACAACCAAACUUAUCAGCUUUCCCAAGGGUCUGCAGAAGAGAAAGUGCCUGUGUGGUACAUUAUGGAUGAAUUUGGUUCUCGGGUCCAACACUCCUCCCAGCCCACCUGCUGUAUGGCUCCUCUGUUCUAUGCCCCUCAACAGAUUGCUUACUCAGUGCUGUGGCCACUGCAAGACCUUGAGAAUGGAGAUGAAGUCACACGUGAUUAUGCAUAUGGAGAGACAAACUCUCUUGUGAGGAGAUGCCGCCUGUUACCAUGGAUACCUGAUGACCUUGAGGCCGUGAGCGAGGACAUCCAGGAACCAUCUGACCUUUACUAUGAAACCAUUCUACAGGAGAACAAGGAGAAGCUUCCUGUGGACAUCCAUCCUUACUGUGUACCAGAUGGUAAAGUUAUGAAGGUUUAUACUGAGAUGAAGCAAGUUUUAGAUCAUCUUAAACACCCACGUUUCCAGUUCACUGAUAACAAAGAAGAGGCUGAUAUCAUCUGGACCUUUUCCCAUAUUCGAGAUUAUAGGAAUCUUAGUGAGGAAAGACCUCAUCUCCUGCUCAACCAGUUCCCUUGUGAAACAGUGCUGACCACUAAAGACUGUCUGGCAUCUGUGGCACGGAGAGCGAGGGAAGGUCAGGAGCCCCCGUGGCUCCCCAGGACCUUUAAUCUUCAAACAGAGCUACCGCAGUUUAUCAAACAUUACCUACAGAGGCAGGAGAGAGGACUGGAUAACCACUGGAUCUGCAAGCCCUGGAACCUGGCUCGCGGUCUGGACACACACACCACAAACAACCUCAACUACAUCAUCAGACAGAGAGAGAGCACACCAAAGGUGGUGAGUAAGUAUUUGGAGGACCCUGUGUUGUUUAAUAGAGAGGAAGUGGGUAUGGUGAAAUUUGACAUCCGCUACAUGGUGUUACUCCGGUCUGUGGAACCUCUGCGUCUGUAUGCAUACAACGUGUUCUGGCUGCGUUUUGCUAACAGACCUUUUUCACUGGAUAAUUUUGAUGACUAUCAGAAGCACUACACAGUGAUGAACUAUGCUGAAGAAGUUGAACUGAAACAGGUUCACUAUGAUGAAUUCAUUCCCAUGUUUGAGCGACAGUACCCACAGUAUCCAUGGAAACAGGUUGAGACGGAUGUCUUCAAAGCAUUUUCGGAGCUUUUCCAGGCAGCAUCCUGUCGCCCUGCUCCAUAUGGGAUCUGUGCAUACCCCUCCUCAAGAGCCAUAUACGCCAUUGACCUCAUGUUGAAAUGGGAUCAGACAGCAGAAGGAGAGCGUGUGAUGCAGCCUCAGAUACUAGAGGUGAAUUUCAGCCCGGACUGUGAAAGGGCCUGUCGUUAUCAUCCCAGUUUCUAUGACCACAUGUUCCAAACGCUGUUCCUGGAUCAGGCAGAACAGUGUCCUGUCACUCAGAUUUUAUGACCAAGCUAAAUUCCAGCUCUGAAAUGACUCAUUGUUCAUUAUAAAUAAAGAAAACUAAAGACC